CGAAACAUUCCUUCCAUCUCUGAUAUCAGAAACCUGUCGAUCCUAGUUCCAAUUCCAAGCAAGAAACAAUGGCUGACGCUGCUAUCAGUGCUACUGUUAAGGUCGUCUUGGGGACAGUCAUUUCCAUUGCCGCGGACCGUGUUGGUAUGGUUCUCGGGGUCAAAGCGGAGUUGGAGAGACUAGGCAAAACUACUGCAACGAUCCAAGGUUUCCUGGCUGAUGCUGACGAGAAAAUGCAUAGCCAAGGGGUGCGAGGUUGGCUCAAGGAGCUAGAGGAUGAGGUUUUUAAAGCUGAUACCGUGCUAGACGAGCUCAACUACGACAAUCUUCGUCGGGAGGUGAAGUACCGAAAUCAACCAAUGAAGAAGAAGGUAUGCUUCUUCUUCUCCUUCUUUAAUGCAAUUGGCUUUAGUUCCAGCUUAGCUUCAAAGAUCCGGGACAUCAACACCAACCUAGAAAGGAUCAACCAGCGAGCCAAUGAGUUGGGAUUGGUCAUUAAGUACCAAAUUGAAGCUGCACUCCCUGCUGAUGCCGUUGGUGCCAGACAGACCGACUCUAUUGUCAUUCCGAACGUUGUAGGAAGAUCCGGCGACGAGUCAAAGAUUGUGGACAUGUUAUCGAGCCCAUCUGAAAAGGUUCUUUCUGUUAUUCCCAUAACAGGCUCGGGAGGUUUGGGAAAGACAACUCUGGCGAAAUCAGUCUACAAUAAUCCAAAAAUAGAUGGGCACUUUGGCCAAAAAAUUUGGGUUUGUGUGGCUAAAGAACACAUUAAGAUAAUGGAGCUGUUCAAGCUCAUUUUAGUACAAUUGACACAAGACGAAGUUAAAGUGGAUGACAGAGAGGUUAUCGUUAAAAAAAUUGGAGAAAAGCUCAAGGGACAAAGAUAUUUCCUUGUUCUUGAUGAUGUGUGGGAUCAUGAUCAAGGAUUGUGGGAUGACUGUUUCAACACUUUGAUGGGACUCAACGAAACCAAAGGAAGCUGGUGUCUUCUCACCACUCGUCGGGUACCAGUGGCUGAUGUUGUAUCUACACAUUUGAAGAUGAAUAGCGGUCCUUAUUUCUUAGGAAAGCUAUCACGUGAUGAGUGCUGGUCCAUCAUAAAAGGAAAGGUGAUGAGUGCAGGGGAAGAAGUACCAGAAGAAUUGGAAGCAUUGAAGAAGCAAAUUUUAGGGAGAUGCGAUGGCCUACCCUUGGCAGCAAAGUUAAUUGGAAGUUUGUUGCUUAACAGUGGAAAAGAGGAGUGGCAAUCUAUUGUGGAAGAGGGUCUCAUUGUGGAAGAGAGUCUUUUGAAUGAAUAUCAAAGCCAAAUUAAUCAAAUACUUAAGGUGAGCUUUGAUCAUUUAUCACCUGCAUCAGUUAAGAAAUGUUUUGCAUAUUGCUCGAUUUUUCCCCAGGACACUGAAUUGGGGGAAGAUGAACUAAUUCAGCACUGGGUUGCUAAAGGUUUUGUUCUACCAGAUCAGAAAAAUAAUAGAGUGAUGGAGGAAACAGGAGGCAAGUAUUUGAGGAUUUUGUUGCAAAAUUCCUUGCUGGAAAAAGUCGAAGAGUCGUGGAGAACGUACUAUAAAAUGCACGAUCUCGUGCAUGAUUUUGCAAAAUCAAUUCUUAAUCCAGAAAGCAGCAAUCAGGAUCGCUACCUUGCAUUGGACUCUUCUAAAGGUUUGGAAGAAAAUACCAUAAGGACAAUACCAGCAUCAAUUCGCACGUUAUUUCUCCAUGUAGAGGGUGGCGUAUCUACUGACAUGAACAUGCUUUUAAGAUUCAAGUGCUUGAAUGUUCUCAGAUUGUCCGGCGAUGAUGUCAAGUUUCUACCGAGCUCCAUUGGCAAACUACUACAUUUGCGGUUGCUCGACAUUUCAUCUUCUAGAAUCAGAAGUUUGCCGGAAUCUCUUUGCAAGCUAUAUAAUUUGCAGACACUAACUAUGAGAUAUGGUGAAUUUGAAGGAGGUUUUCCAAAACGGAUGAGGGAUUUGAUUAGCUUGCGACAUCUAAACUACUAUCAUCGUCGUGCAGAAUUUAAAAUGCCAAUGCAGAUGGGACGAUUGACUUGUCUUCAAACUCUAGAGUUCUUUAAUGUAAGUCAGGAGGAGGGUUGUGGUAUCGAAGAGCUUGGGACCUUGAAAUAUCUGAAAGGAUCGUUGAGGAUAAGAAAUCUUGGACUAGUGAAGGGCAAAGAAGCAGCUAAACAAGCAAAAUUGUUCGAAAAGCCAGAUCUGUCUCGCUUGCUGUUUGAAUGGAAGAGUGGGGAUCGGGAAAGCGAUAACCGUGAGGAGGAUGUGUUGGAAGGUCUCCAACCUCACCCAAAUUUGGAAAUGUUGGAAAUUCAAUAUUUCAUGGGUAAUAAAUUUCCACAAUGGCUUAUCAAUUUGUCAAAAUUGGAGACAUUGUGGAUAGAAAACUGCAAGAGAUGCAGUGAACUCCCCUCAUUAGGACAACUGCCAGUCCUCAAACAUCUCCAUUUGGAGGGAUUGGACAACAUUCGAUUUAUUGGAGAUGAAUUCUACGGUAUUACUGCUAAUGAGGAGGAGGAGGAGGAGGGCAGAUCACGAGCAUCAGGGAGCAGCACUAGAAGACGCAAAUUCUUUCCUGCCCUUGAAGAACUCUGGGUAGAAGAUAUGGGGAAUUUGGUAGAGUGGAAAGGUGCAGACCAAGUGAGGUUAACAGUAGGUGAAGCAGAAGCAGAUGCCCUUCCCAUGCUGAGGAAUUUUAACAUUCAAAAUUGCCCACAACUGACCACUCUUUCAUGCUCGUGUAAAGGCCUAUACGUGAGGAGUUGCCAUAAUCUAACAAGUAUAAAAACCGGUUACGACACUGCUUCUGUUGAGGAGUUGAGGAUCCACUCUUGCGACAAUCUUAGGGAGCUGCCAGAUCUGGAUCUGUUUGGAUCGAGUUUGCGGCGGUUGACGAUCGAAAGGUGCCCAAGAUUAAUUAGUCUAGGAGUAAAUGGACAGAAAUGCCCCCUUUUACGAUGCCUUGAGGAAUUGAGUAUUGAUGAUUGCGAAGGGUUGACCACUAUAUCCGCCAAAAUGUUCCAGUCAUGCCGGUCUCUGCGGUCCCUGUCGGUGAAGUGUUGUCCCAAUCUGGUAUCAUUUUCGCUUAAUUUGCAGGAGACGCCUUCUCUCGAGAAAUUCGUCUUAGACACCUGUCCCAAAUUGAUCCCUCAUAGUUUGAAAGGAUUUGCUUUUGCCACCAGCUUAAGAGAAUUGAGCAUCAACAGUCCCUUCUCCUCAGAUGACUCCUCAGUCGAUGAUUUUGAUUGGUCUGGUUUAAGAUCUGCAUCAACACUCCGUGAGCUUCGAUUAGAAGGGUUACCUCACACGGAGUCCCUGCCACACCAGCUUCAAUACUUGACUACCCUCACUUCACUAAGUCUGGACAACUUUGGAGGAAUAGAAGUGCUACCGGAUUGGAUUGGAAACCUUGUGUCCCUUGAAACCCUAGAGCUAUGGGAUUGCGACAAGCUUCGAUCUUUACCAUCCGAGGCUGCCAUGCGACGACUCACAAAGUUAAAUCAUGUUGAAGUUUAUUGGUGUCCUCUGUUAAGACAACGAUACACUCCCCAAAGAGGCGUCCACUUGAAGGAGUAUAUUUCAAGUGAUCUGACAAGUGGUGACAGCGAACAAGAAGGCAAUAAUGGUGCUCAAACAUCAGUCUCAUGUUGUUUCCCAUCGUUGCUGAAGAAGGAGAAACCAGGAGAGUCUUAGAAAGCAGACCUCAUGUUGUUGGACAAAGACACCACCCUUUGCUGUUGCAUUUCUUACAAGAUUGCCAGGGGCCAGAAGUUAUUUUCGCUCAUUAGACAGGUUUGAAGAUGAAGUUAGCAAUCAAUGAUGAGAAUUUUGCACAUCAGAGAGCGCUAGCUUUGAUGGAGGCUUCGCCAAUAGGUGGUUCUCCCCAGGUCUCCCAAACAUAAUUUUUUACUCAUCUCCUGCUCGGGCUGCAGAAAGAAAGGUAAUAAUUUAGCUUGUUCAUCUUCAGGGCAGUUUUGAUAGUUUUUAUCUGCAUUCUUGAUAUGUAUUUUGUAAAUCAAUUACCAAAACUUCUUUUUUCCCUUUGGUGUAACAUGCUGAUUGCUGAACAAAUUGAAAGAGACCAAAAUUCUGUGUUUUCUCUGCCUCUCUGAACUACUGAAAGAUUGAAACAUCUUAAAUCUCUUUAAGUGCAACUUGUUACAUUCUAUUUGGCCGAGCACAAAUUUAUUAGCAAUGGUUCACAUCCAAUUAGCCUCUUCGUUUGAAUGUGGUACAAAAUGUUUCAUUUGAUUUGCAAUGCUAGAUGUACAUGGACACAUUCUUAAUUUUUCUGUCACUGAUAUUGCCAGUCUCAAUGGAUAACAUUAAAGCUAGUUGAGAAAUGAUUUUCACAGAAAACUCAUGAUACAAUUUGCUGUUCUUUGGAACUGUGUACUUAUUGCCAUAAAAUUAGAUCAGUCUAAUUGAACUUCAAAUAUGUAUGUGGAGGAACUAGAGUCCUGUGAACAUUCACCCCUUAUAAUUGAUACUGCAUGCUUCAUAUCAAUGACAAUAAUGUCUUUUUCUUUUCAAUGACAAAAAUGUUGGAUAAUUGUUUAUCAUCUUUCACAAGUUUGGAAAGUUUAUAAGUCACAAUUGCCUUGAUUUUCUGUUCAGUGAUCUGGAUUACUGUAUUGUAACCUUGCAGAUGAAAAAUGCAAGGAAUGAUGGUGCUCAAAUAUCAGCUUCAUGUUGUUUCCCAUUGCUGCUGAAGAAGAAGAGCUCAGGAGGUAUGUGGUGCACAAAAGUGAUAAUGCAGCACUUCUCUCCCCAAGAACUAUAAGUUUGCAUUCUGAGUCUUAGGAAGCAGACCUCGUGUUAUUGGACAAAGGACACCACCGUUUGCCGUUGCGUUUCUGACUAGAGUGCCAAGGGACAGAAGUUAUUUUCAUUAACCAGACAGGGUUUGAAGGCUUGUAGAGUGUGACAUGGAUGAAGAACAAAGAGAGGGGAGCAUCAUCCGAGCAUGGAAGCUGAUACUGGAGACCUAUCAAGGUGCGCAGCUGAUUUUAGGCAAAUUAGACUGAUGGACUUGUUGGUAAAGAAGUUGGAUGUUUGUGACAGUAGAGACAAUAAAUUGGAUAAACAAUCAAUUUGGAGCAGUGAGAGAAAUGCAGAUACAAGAAGUCUUGAUUUGUACAAAGGUCCAAGGAAGAGGAGGGAAAACGUUCUUUUCAGUAGAUGUGUGCAUAUUUUGUGAAGAAUUAACACACUUUAAAAGCUGGCAUUUCAUACUUUUGGUGUAUCAGAAUGUGACAAGUCCUGAUAGUACGUUUUCUUCAUCUUUUACAGUGAGUAAAAGUAUGUCUAGAGACCAUAUUUGUAAGAUUUCCUACCCCUUUUUUAGUUUGGCAUUUGAUGGAGAGAAUUUAGAACUCUUAUUACUUUUCCUCUUCAAGUAAUCAUUUUUUGU